AUGUCAGCUCAAGAAAGUAACCGGAGCUUUAAGCUCGAACACCUUUUCGGGCUGAAAAACAGAGUCGCACUUGUCACGGGUGGAGGUUCAGGCAUCGGCUUGAUGGCCACUCAAGCUCUCGCCGUGAAUGGUGCUAAAGUCUACAUCACCGGUCGCACAGAGGAAAAGUUGGACCGUGUUGCAGAUUUAUACUCGAAGGAUAUUCCUGGCCAGAUUGUCCCAAUCACUGCCGAUAUUACCUCCAAAGAGUCGAUUCAGAAGCUAGUCGACGAGAUAUCCGCGAAGGAGUCGAAACUGCACAUUUUGAUCAACGCCGCCGGUAUUAGCUCUCCACAUCUGAACACAGAUCAGGACAACCCCAAAGCAUUGCAGGAAGAGCUGUUCAAAAACCAGAGCACGAUCCAGGAGUGGGAAGAUGUCAUGCGGACUAAUGUCACACACCUUUUCUUUACCACCACUGCCUUUCUACCCUUGCUGAGCAAGGGAUCAGAGGAUGAGUAUGGAUGGUCUAGCACAGUUGUCAACAUCUCGUCGAUUUCAGGUCUCCUAAAAACAGCCCAGCGUCACUUCGCAUACAAUGCUAGUAAGGCGGCUGCAAUUCAUCUCACCAAGAUGUUGGCCUACGAGAUUGUUUCCUCGCAAAUCAAAAUUCGUGUAAACAGUAUCGCACCCGGGGUCUUUCCGACCGAAAUGACGGCCCAUGGGAGUGACAAGAAACAAAAGAGCACAAUUCCCAAAGAGAGGUUUGAAGGCAAAAUCCCUGCCGGACGGCCAGGGAAAGAUGAAGACAUGGCAACUGCUGUGUUGUUUACUGUCUCGAAUCAGUAUCUCAAUGGUCAAACUAUUGCCGUCGACGGCGGGUACUUGCUGGCAACGGGCACAAUCUAA